AUGUAUCAAGAAACUAAGCAAUUUUAUCAUUUAUGGCUACUUGCUGUCCAAGAAAGAGACGAAGCAAGAGAACAUUUGAAACAAUCACUCGUCGAACUGUCUAGAUUACAGGAAUGUUUCAACACUAUUCUUUUGUCCGAAGACCAACAAAUACCCCAUUAUUCUUACUCAGAAACCACAGACGAAACCCCCGAUCAUCAAAAACUGUAUAGUUACAAUAACUUCUCCAACGAGUCUCCUUCGCGAUUCUCGUCCGCAUCGUCGAUCGAUCUCGUCUCUAACUCAACUGUCUAUUCCUCGCCGGAGACCUACGACUCUGAUUGUUACAGCCUCCGGACGUUGCAGAUGGGUUUUGCAUUUGAGGAGAAGAAAGAUUUUGAGACCCUUGUGCUGGAGAAUAUAGGACUCGGAAGAAUGUUGCCGGAGAACGGUAAGUUCCAGCAAGCUAUCAUUGAAGCUGGAUCGUUGGUUGACUCAUUGUUCAUAACCGGUCCGAUUCCAAAAUGGAGAAAUCCUCCGGUUCAAAUGUUGAGUCAAAGACCGCUUCUGAGUCAUUCUAUCGGAAAAUGGAAUUAUGGUGGUCAGGGGAUCAUAAACCGGUCUUUCUCUGGCAAAAUGCCACGGUUAAGCUUGAUGCCUUAA